CAAAAUUCCUCUAUAGGUUUCUGCUAGUAAAUUUAUUGUAAUAAACGAAGGGGGAUCAAAAGAAACUAGCUAAGCCUCCCAUCUACUCUGAUUACAGCUCUCAAUAAAUUAUUCAUGAUUUGUCAUUAUCUGUAUGUAUCUUGAACCUACUUAUGACUUCAGAAUUGCUUUUUAGUACUACUGAGAGUCCAUCAUAGAUCAUCCAUGGCUAUUGCAGAUGGAAAAUCGGUCUUUCUUCUUCUUCCUAUUGUUGUUGUUUUCAGCUUAUCAAUACCUACUGGCUGCCUGAGUUCCGCACUCUUUGUUUUCGGCGAUUCAUUUUUCGAUCCUGGAAACAACAACUACAUCAACACCAUUACUGAUUUUCAAGCGAAUCAUUGGCCAUAUGGCCAAUCCUACUUUAGUAAUCCAAGUGGGAGAUUCUCUGAUGGCCGUCUCAUUCCCGACUUCAUAGCUGAGUAUGCGAAGCUGCCACCCAUUCCAGCAUAUCUUGAACCCAGUAAUAAGGAAUAUACGCACGGAGCAAACUUUGCCUCUGGAGGAGCCGGUACCUUGAUUGACACCUAUGCUGGAUUUGUGGUUGACCUUCACACACAGCUACGACACUUUGGCGAUUUAGUAAAUCAUUAUAGGCAGAAUCUAGGUGAUACUAAAGCCCGCCAGAUGCUAUCUAGUGCUGUCUACUUGUUUAGUUGUGGAUCCAACGACUACAUAAGUCCUGUCGUCAACAAUCAGAGUAUCUACUAUCAGUAUACCCACCAGCAAUAUGUGGACAUGGUGAUAGGAAACUUGACGACCGUGAUAAAGGGAAUAUAUGAAGUAGGAGGAAGAAGAUUUGGGUUUCUCAACGUCCCGCCGCUAGGCUGUUGGCCAGCAAUUCGGUUAAGACAGCCUGGCAAUAUUUGCAGCAAAGAGAUUGAUGAUGUUAUAAGACUACACAAUCAAGCCCUUGCUAGAAAACUUGAAAACCUGGAGACGCAUAUGGAGGGAUUUAUGUUGUCGAAGUUGGAUUUUUAUACCUCUAUGAGCAAUAGAAUGAAGAAUCCCUCACAAUAUGGUUUCAAGGAAGGAGAGACAGCAUGUUGUGGUAGUGGCCCUUUUGGAGGGGUCUACAGCUGUGGAGGGAUGAGAAGAAUAAAAGAGUAUGAAGUAUGUGACAAUGUUCUCGAGUAUUUAUUCUUCGACUCUUAUCACCCUAACGAACUGGCAAGUCGCCAAUUCGCAGAAAUGUUUUGGAAUGGAGAUUCCAUUGUGACUGAGCCUAACAGUUUGGAAGCACUCUUUGACGGGGCAGCAUCAACAACCUUCCUCGUCCAUCCAAAUAAUGAAUUAUAAUGUAGUAGAAGCCAUGAAAGCUUCUUGUUGCUUAUAUUUGAUGGCAAUAAGUAUCUUUGCAAUAUAGUAACUUUUUCUUGUGAUUGUGUUCGGGAUAAGUUUUUGUUAUGUCUGUUAGUAUGUUUGGCUUUGAACUUUGUUUUAAUAUCUAGUAAUGUUGUUUUCAUGUAGACAUGUAUACGUUGUCAUUUUAUAAUACAUGUUUAUAACA